CUUUUUCCCUCCUCAAAUUGCAACGGUUUCUCUAUUAAGUACCCUGGAUAUUAUCAUUACUUAGUGGUCAUUUCAUUUUCAUCACCUCAAUUUAUUCAUGUGUAGAAUUUUGGUUUGAGUGUGCUUUAAUGGCUUCCACCAACAUCUCAGUUUUGCAAGUUCAUUUCUUGAAUGGAGAUUUCUCAUCAAAGUUCCAACCUUUGUUCUCUCUUUCAACUUCUUCACCAAUUUUCAGUCACAAACGUCGUCGUUUCAUAUGUGAAUCAACUAGUACUGAAAAAACAAAGUCAAGAAACUUAUUGGAUAACGCAAGCAACAUGUUGACAAAUUUCUUAAGUGGCGGAAAUCUUGGGUCUCUGCCAACAGCUGAAGGAGCAGUUUCUGAUUUGUUUGGUCGACCUCUUUUCUUCUCGCUAUAUGAUUGGUUCCUAGAGCAUGGAUCUGUAUAUAAACUUGCCUUUGGACCAAAAGCAUUUGUCGUUGUCUCAGAUCCUAUCGUGGCUAGACAUGUUCUUAGAGAGAAUGCAUUUUCUUAUGAUAAGGGAGUUCUUGCUGAAAUCCUCGAACCCAUAAUGGGUAAAGGACUGAUACCUGCUGACCUUGAUACUUGGAAGCAAAGAAGAAGAGUCAUUGCUCCUGGGUUCCAUUCAUUGUACUUGGAAGCCAUGGCUAGAGUUUUCACUGACUGCGCUGAGAGAACAACGUUGAAAUUUGAGAAACUUCUAGAAGAUUUACCAGCACAGGAUACGAUUGAGUUGGAUCUCGAAGCAGAAUUCUCAAGUUUGGCACUUGAUAUUAUUGGACUUGGCGUGUUUAACUAUGACUUUGGUUCAAUUACAAAAGAAUCUCCUGUUAUAAAGGCAGUGUACGGUACUCUUUUUGAAGCAGAACAUAGAUCCACCUUCUACAUUCCGUACUGGAAGUUUCCUCUUGCUAGAUGGAUAGUACCAAGACAGAGGAAGUUUUGGAAUGACCUAAAGGUCAUCAAUGAUUGUCUUGAUGGACUCAUAAAAAAUGCCAAAGAAACAAGAGAGGAGACGGACGUUGAAAAAUUGCAGCUAAGAGAUUAUUCAAAUCUUAAGGACGCUAGUUUACUGCGCUUUUUGGUUGAUAUGCGGGGCGCUGAUGCUGAUGACCGCCAGCUGAGGGAUGACCUGAUGACGAUGUUGAUAGCCGGGCAUGAAACUACAGCUGCUGUUCUUACUUGGGCCAUUUUCCUUCUUGCUCAGAAUCCUUCCAAAAUGAAGAAGGCUCAAGCAGAAAUUGAUGCAGUGCUAGGGAAGGGAAGAAUAAGCUUUGAUUCCCUUAAAAAAUUAGAGUAUAUCAGACUUAUUGUUGUAGAGGCUCUUCGGUUGUAUCCGCAGCCCCCUUUGCUCAUCAGACGUUCACUUAAACCAGAUACAUUACCAGGCGGAUACAUGGGCUCAAAAGAAGGAUACAAAAUUCCUACCGGAACUGAUAUAUUUAUAUCUGUAUAUAAUCUCCAUAGAUCUCCAUUUUUCUGGGAUAGACCUGACGAAUUUGAACCAGAAAGAUUCUUGGUCAAGAAAAAAAGCGAUGGAAUAGAAGGAUGGGCUGGCUUUGAUCCAUCUCGGAGUCUGGGUGCUUUAUAUCCUAACGAGAUCGUAUCAGAUUUUGCGUUCUUGCCGUUCGGUGGUGGACCGAGAAAGUGCGUGGGAGAUCAGUUUGCACUGAUGGAAUCUACAAUUGCUUUGGGUAUGUUGCUUCAAAAGUUUGAUGUCGAGUUGAGAGGUUCGCCAGAUUCAGUCGAACUUGUAACCGGGGCAACCAUUCACACCAAGAAUGGACUUUGGUGCAAAUUGAGGAAAAGAGCGAACUCACAAUAGAUAUCGAGCAAUAGUCGAUGUAAUGCGGGAUGCAUAUUCAACAUGCGUCCCCAAGUAGGAUGUCGGGUUGUGCAAACAGUGUCAGACUGUUAAGUAAAUGUACAUUAUUGUAUCCCUUAGGGGGAAGUUCUGUAAAAAACCAUGUACAUUACUGUAUUUUUAUAAAUGACAAGUAAAUAGAAUACUAAGAAUUAUUUUACUUCAAUAAAUAAAACUUAUUGGUAUAAUUGUAGUAAGGCCAAAACUAAGGUUAUUUGUUAUCAAAAAUUAUAAGAAUAGACAUUUUUGAGCCA